GGCAAACUUGCUUCUAAGAAAAGGGUACGACUGUCCGGUGCAACCGUGUAGUGUAAAAUUGAAACUUCGAUUCUGAUAAAUCCUGAUUUCGCUUCUGAAAAUGACAAUGGGUUUCAAGUCCAGUAGCCAAAGAUUCAAUCUUUACAGUAUAUGAGAGUAGUUGCAGCCUUGCAGGUGUUCAAAUAAACAUCUGAACUGGGUUUUUGCUGUGGCGAAAGAAAGAAGAUGCCUGCCACAACUAUGCUGUCAUAUGUUGAGGAUAGUUAUGGGCAUUUGUUUGUGCAGAUAGUAGUUAACAAUGGAGUGCUCCAAAUAACAUUCACAAAUCCAGGGGGGAUCAUCACAGGAAUACAAUACAAGGGAAUUGACAACUUGCUGGAGCUCAACAACCCAGAUUUGAAUGGAGGGUUCUGGGACCUUAAUUGGAGUGAAGCAGGGAGUAGAAAAACUCGGGGAAAAUUUGAUACGAUUAAAGGAACUAGUUCAAAGGUUAUAGUGGAAAAUGAGGAGCAGAUUGAGCUUUCGUUCACAAGAUCCUGGGAUCCAUCAGUCCAGGGUGAACAAGCUCCCUUGAUCAUAGAUAGAAGGUUUAUAGUUCUCCGUGACUCCCCGGGGUUCUACUCAUAUGCCAUAUUUGAACACUCGAAAGACUUGCCUGCUUUCAACCUUAACACCACGAGAAUUGCCUUCAUGCUUAACAAAGACAAGUUCCAUUAUAUGGCUGUUGCAGAUAACCGACAAAGAUUUAUGCCCAGUGCAGAUGAUCGGCUUCCAGGAAGAGGCCAACAACUCGCCUAUCCAGAAGCCGUCCUACUAGUUGAUCCCGUAGAGCCAGAAUUCAAAGGAGAGGUUGAUGACAAGUAUCAAUAUUCGUGUGAAAAUAAAGACAAUAAGGUCCAUGGAUGGAUUUGUUUUGACCCUCCCGUGGGAUUCUGGCAAAUUACUCCUAGCAAUGAAUUUCGAACAGGAGGGCCUUUCAAACAAGAUCUGACCUCCCACGUGAAUCCAACCACCCUAGCUAUAUUUGUCACUUCGCAUUAUGCUGGAGAGGAUCUUCUGGUAAAAUUCGAACCCGGAGAGGUGUGGAAGAAAGUUCUUGGUCCUGUCUUCAUAUAUGUUAAUUCUGUACAUGAUAAAGCAGAUGCACUAUCACUCUGGGAUGAUGCUAAGGAACAGAUGGAGAAAGAAGUUCAAGCUUGGCCCUACAGUUUCCCAGCUUCUGAAGAAUUCCCAAACUGUGAUCAAAGAGGCUCAGUUUGCGGUAGACUUUUAGUACAAGACAGAUACAUCGAUACGGAGAAUAUAUCAGCAAACGCCGCGUAUGUGGGGUUGGCCCCACCAGGAGAUGCUGGAUCAUGGCAACGAGAGCACAAGGGCUACCAAUUUUGGACUACAACAGAUGAAAACGGCUACUUUAUCAUUAACAACAUACGUGAAGGCAUAUAUAAUCUUUAUGCAUCAGUCCCUGGAUUUAUUGGUGAUUACAAAUAUGAAGUUGCAAUUACUAUUACAGCAGGUUUUGAAAUCGUGCUGAAUGAACUCGUUUAUAAACCUCCGAGAGACGGUCCCACAUUGUGGGAGAUUGGAGUGCCUGAUCGCUCUGCUGCAGAAUUCUAUAUUCCCGAUCCCAAUCCAGAAUACAUCAACAGACUUUACGUGAACCAUCCAGACAAAUUUAGGCAGUAUGGACUGUGGGAAAGAUAUACAGAUUUAUACCCUGAUAAAGAUUUAGUCUACACAGUUGGAGCCAGCGACUAUAGCAAAGACUGGUUCUUUGCUCAGGUUAACAGGAAAACGGGGGAUAAGAUGUAUGCAAGUACUACAUGGCAAAUCAGGUUUACGAUUGAUAACAUUGAUCAAGCUGGAACAUACAAAUUACGACUAGCUCUUGCAUCUGUUCACCAUUCAGAUUUACAGGUCCGGUUGAAUGAUCCAACGGCUGAUCCUCCUCUACUCUCAACCGGAGAUAUUGGAGCUGACAAUGCCAUUGCAAGACAUGGCAUUCACGGGAUCUACUGGCUGUUCAGCGUGGACAUACCAGGCGCCCAGCUCGUACAAGAAGAAAAUACUAUAUUUUUAACACAAGCGAAGAGCAGCAGCCCUUUCCAAGGGAUUAUGUACGACUAUAUCCGUUUGGAAGGCCCUGAAUCUUGUAUGCCAUAGGUGUUGCUGCUCAUUUGCAACUGGUUGACCAAUCAUAAACGUUAAUAGCUUUGCUUCGUGUAUGGGAUUGGCCCUAUUAUGGGCACGAGUAUAUAAACACUUUGGAGAACCUAUAGAUUCGCUACUAACGUUUUGAGGCAGGACCAGUAAGAACCCUCGGGAUUGGGGUGCAAUCUUUUCAUAAACGCUAGAGGUGUGUUAUAUUGUAAUGGCUUCAAAUAAAUGAAAAUUGUCAUUCUUGU